AUGAACGCCCCGGGGAAGGAGAAGCGACUUUCGCUCCUCAUAUGUCGUAUCAACAUGUUGAUAAAUCUUCUGCAAAGUAGACUGGCGUUUCCACUGAUAUAUCCAUUCAACACGACCGCACUGAACAAUGAAAAGUCUCUAGAUUUGUACUUAAAGAAAUUAAGGAAGGAUGGAAACUUCAACGAAGAAGCUUUUAUGAAAACACUGGCCUUUAUAACACCAUCCAUCAUAAGCCUAACGAAGUUAGUUCAUGUUUUGAAGGCAGGCCAUUCUUUAUGUAACUACUCUGGAAUGUCGACCAAGUUAACAUAUACGGACCGAAAGCGGAGUGCUAGUGUCUUAAAGCAGCAUGAUACAAAAUUGCAUUUAUUGAAACCACAGGUGUGGAGAUUGUUAAAGCCUAAUGAUGAGAUGAACACGAAGCAUUUGAAGUGGAGGAAGUAA